AUGGAUCCCUCAAAGCAAACAGAAGUUGCAGCCUCACAGGCGACACCAGAAGUGAUCCAAGUCGAUGCAGAGCAAGAAGCGCUCGCAAAGCGUGUAUUGCGCAAAAUCGACUGGCGCCUCAUCCCUUUGAUGUUCAUUACGUACAACCUGAACUUCAUGGACAAAACCAUUCUGUCGUCGGCCUCGGUUUUUGGUCUGCGAGAAGAUACCGGCUUAGUAGGACAACAGUAUUCCUGGGUGUCGAGUAUAUUCUAUUUUGGCUAUUUCUUCUGGGAAUACCCAACAUCCUAUCUUAUUCCCAGACUUCCUGUAGCCAAGUACAUGGCUGUCAACACAUUCAUCUGGGGGGCUGUCGUGGCAGUCACAGCUGCGUGCACUAGCUAUGGGGGCCUCAUAACUGUGAGAUUUUUGCUGGGUGUGGCUGAAGCUACUAUCACUCCGGCCUUCAUGUUCAUCACGAGCACUUGGUACACGCGCGACGAGAUACCAACACGGACUGGAUAUUGGUUUGCUGGCAACUCGAUUGGUGGUCUUAUUGCGUCGUUCCUCGCCUUCGGAAUUGGCCAUAUCACAGAUUCGCUUGCACCCUGGCAAUGGAUGUAUAUCGUCCUUGGAGUCUUGACGUUCGUCUGGGGCAUUCCGUUGCUGCUGUUUCUUCCGGACAGUAUCGAAAAGGCCAGCUUCCUUACCGAGGAAGAGCGCAAGUUUGCUGCCGACCGUGUCGUGAUCUCUGGAACAGGUCACACUGCGAAUGCCGGAUACAAGCUCGACCAAGUCAUCGAAUGCUUGAUCGACCCAAAAACGUGGCUCAUCUUCAGCAUGAGUCUUCUGACUCAGAUUCCGAACGGGGGAACGCAAAAUUUCGGUAAUAUUGUUCUCAAGAGCUUCGGUUUCACUAGCCUGCAGUCGACCCUCCUUGUCAUUCCCGCGUCUGUCAUCUCCGCGGGAACGAUAGCGGGCACGGGUUGGAUCGCAGGUCGCUUCCGCCAGCUGAACUGCCUCCUCAUCAUCUGCGUCGUCAUACCUGCAGUUGUAGGCAGCUCGCUCAUCUAUGUCCGCCCUCGAACAUCCCCAGGCGUCCAGCUGUUCGGAUACUUUUUAAUGUCGACCGGCCCAGGAGGGAUUCCAUUGCUAAUGUCUCUCGUAGGUGCGAACUAUAAGGGUGUGACGAAGAAAAUGACCAUGACGGCACUUCUCUUCAUUGCUUACUGUGCGGGAAAUAUUGCCGGUCCGCAAUUCUUCCGUACCAAAGACGCUCCUCAUUAUAACUUGGCGUUCAGAGCAAUCUUGGUGUGCUACUGUCUUGUUGUCGGAUUGGCCAUUGUUCUGAGAUGCUAUCUACAGUGGAUGAAUGCGAAGAGGGAGCGUGAAGAAGGAGUCAAGGGAAGUGCGGGAGCGGGAGGAGUGGUUGCUGGUGGCAAGAUGGCGGAUGAGGAUGAUAGGGGGGCUGCAGCGGCUGCGCAAAUCGAGCUCAGGGCCGAGGACUACGACGAUGUCACGGACUGGAAGACUUUUGGAUUCAGAUAUCGUUUGUAG